UCUCGCGCCAUCUGGAUUUAAGCGUCCGCGGCGACCACUUUCGGCUGCCCCCGCAAAUUCCUGCGACGUCCCAGGACCGCCAGAGCAUACCACUUGCGCAGGGCUUGCAAACGCCCGCCGGUUCGCGGCCACGCAUUAAAUCCCCUUUGAUCACUGGGAUAGCCAUGGCCUUCUUCGUGGCGGCCAGCGCCGACUCGCACGUCGAGACGCUGCUCAACAAAUUAGAAGCAAAAUUCAAGACGAAGCUCCAGGCCUUCCGCUACUUGGACGAGUCGAACAACGGCUACGUCACGGCCGACGACUUCGCGGUGCGAUACCGCCGCAUGGGCUUCGAACUGAGCCAGGCCGACGCGCAGCGCGUCGUGGAGCGCUUUUCGGGAGACGGCGCCCAACGUGUUUCUUUCGACGACUUCGCGCGUUUGUACGACCACGCGGGCAUGACGCUGCCGCCGCCGCCCGAACCCAAACCGGAGCCGGCGCCCGUCGCGUUAUCGGAUGUGGAGAAGCUCGACGUGGCCUUCAGCGCGGCGCUGAAAGCUCGGGAGCCGACCCUCCGCGAGGCCUUCCUGUCGAUCGACCAGAACCGCACCGGCUUCCUCACCUCCGCGGAAUUAGCGGCAGCUAUGGCGCGCUGCGGCAUCGCCGCGUCCACGGAGCAGACGGAGGCGCUCUGCGCGCUCUACGACCUCACGGACAACGCCAAGAUUAGCUAUGCGGAGUUCGCCGCGCGCGUCCGCAAGCGCGCGCGCCAGUACCGCGGGCACCUCGACCGCCAGCAGGACGACCUCCUCGCGCGGGGCAACCUCCUCGCGCCUGUGACGCCGGCGCAGGCGCCGCCGCCGCCGCGCGAGCCCCGCCCGUUCUAGUCAUCAUUCGUCCGCUGCUAAGGCGCCGUUUUCCGAUC